AUGGAGGUCGGAGCCAAGGAGAAGGAGAAGCCGGCAGGAGAAACAACUCCCUGUGAUGCGGCGAGCAAGGUAUGGGUUCCAGAAAGAGUGGAGACAGUGUUGGCGCAGGCGAUGAGCUUCGCAGAGUUCCGGGACAGGCGGCAGUUUUUGUUCUUGCAUUUGUUCAGUGGAGUAAAGGACACAUUGGCCGAAGCUCUGAGCGAAGAGCGCGCGCGCAACAAGCUGAGAUUCAGGGCGGUGUCGCUGGAUGCGAAAGUCGAUCCAGAACUGGACCCAUCGACGGUCAGGGCGGUGAAAGAGAUCGAGGGCGACGUCCUGCUGGGGGAAUUUGAUUUUGUCCAUGCUGCUCCGCCGAGCGGGACGUUUGUCCCGGACUGCGAGUGCCGAUCAACCCUUGCGGCGAAGGAGGGAUGCAAGGCGAAAGCUUGCGUUGGCGCCCUCCGCUAUUUGUGGAGGAACUCGCCCGAAGGCUCUCACUACCCAAACGUGGCUGAGUUGAAAGAGCUGUUGGUGGCGUCGCCAUUGCAAGGCCGCAAGAGGAUGCCUGCAGAGCCACCCGUGCAGGAUAUUGAUGAAGGCGGCCCCUUUGGUUCUGAGGAAGGUGGCGCCUUUGUUGUUGGGAUUGAGGGUGAUGAGGAUGAGGGCAUGGUUGAGGAGGCCACUCCGGCCACCAAUGCUGGCUCAGCAUCUGAAGACGGGGAUGAGGAGAGUGGCUAUGAGGCUGAUGAGGCUGGCGCCGAACCUUCCGAGAGUGAGACCCAAGCCCUUCUUCGAGCACCGACUCUCCGCCUUGGAGAGGAUGAGUGCAAUGAAGAUGCGAGCGAUUUCAUGCACUUCUACACCAUCCAUGGCUUCGUGCAGCAAGAGGAUGGUGUGGAGGAGAAAAAGCAUCCCAUGCUCGAGGACUACAUGCUCCACUGCCGCAACGCGCUGCAAAUCUUUGGUCCGAUGCUCUUUGACAUGGUGGCAUCAGGCUCCAAGCGUGCGGGCUGCCAAGAUGCCUUCGACCUCAUGCAGAUGGACUCGCAGGCUGUAGAUGAGGAUGGGGGCUCGUGCACCAAAACCCCAGCUUGCAAGAAGCCCCGCUUGGCUGAUGAGGUGAAGAAGGAAUUGGAACUGACACCACCGCCGGUGCUCGGUAAACAGUCAGCGAAGGUCGUGAGCAAGCUGAAGAAGCAAGAACGCCGGGAAGCCGCGCGCAAGAAGGGCUCUGCAGCGCCAGACGCCCUUGAAGAUGGCAGCCUUGGGGAGAAGGCAAUCGAAGUGCUCUGCCGAGCACGGGCCUAUGUGGUGAAGAAGGUCGUGGAUGGCCAUUCCAAGCCUGUGGGGUCACAGAUCUCAAGGGCCAAGCGCUCCGGGCCAGUGACUGCUUGGGGCGUCAUCGCUACUUUGGUUUCAAUGAUAUUCUCGGUUGACACUUUGGAUUUCUCAAAGCCGCUCGAUCACCUGGAGCUCUUUGCUGGCCAGAUGUCAGUGACCAGGGCUGAGCUUGAGGCAGGACGCAGUGCGGCUGCAAUGGAUUUGGUCCUUGGGGGGAGUGAAAUGGAUCUGGCAACCAAUGCUGGGUUCUCCAAUGCAGUGUACAAGGCAUGUACUUUGCGUGAAGGUGGAGCAGCGCUGGUAGCUCCCGUAUGCAGCUCAUGGGUGUUUAUGUCGAGGGGAUCUACUAAGCGCUCUGAUUCAUGCCCUAUGGGAGACCUAAACUCACCAGCUGUGAGACUGGGCAACCUACUCACAGCCCGAACCAUUGUGAUCUUGAUGAUCCUGGCUGCUCAAGGAGUUUGGUUUGCGCUGGAACAGCCUUCUUCCAGCCUGAUGGAGAAGCAUGUUCUUUUUCAAAGGCUGGUAGGCCUUGUGUCCAUCAGACGAAUGUCGAUCAUGAUGGGGGAUUUCGCUGGCCCGACGCUCAAGCCAACAUGGCUAUAUAGUAGUAACUUGGCACGUUCUUAUGUGUAUAUACAUAUAUAUCUUUCAAGUCUACUAUUUAUAGAUCUACUUGUAUCUCUCUAUAUAUAUAUAUUGAUUCCUCCGUAG